AUGGAAUUGGGUUAUGGGAGUGUUUAUUCUAAAUCCACAAACCCGUGCCCGCACCCGAAAUUAAGAAGGAUGAAUUCGUUGUUUGUGAAAAUCCUCCUUCACAUUGGUGGGGGCAUGGGCAAAAAAACAGAGGAAUACAGAGAGAAGAAACAGGGUGGGAGCAGAAUAGAAGCAGAGGAGAUUACAGAGAAGAAGGAUUUCAAAAAUGGUAUGCGUUUGAGCGGUGCUUAUUCUUGGGAGGAGAGGAGCAUGCAAUAUCCAGCUUUGGAAUCCAAUGAUGAGGACUAUUACCAUUUCUAG